UACACUUAUACCUAGAAAGAAAGAAAAAAAAAACAACUCUGAUCUCUCUCUCUCUCUCUCGUUGAGUGUGUCCAUGAAAUAAUAAUAAUAGCAGAGACAGAGAGGGGAGAGAGAGACUGUAAUGUGGUGGCGAAGUGGUCACAGUACUAUUACUACUACUACUACACUGGUUUGAUGAUGAUGAAGAAGAACCACAACAACAAUGGCGAGCGAACCACUGAUGUUGUUGAUUCUCGUCUCCGGCAGAAAGAACAAGAUAAGCUCUUGUUCCAUGACUUUUUAGGCUCCAAGACUCCUACUUUAGCCUCCCCUUCCAUGGCUGACCACAGGCUACCUCAAGAUAAUAAACCGUCGAUGACUCCCUCUUCCUCCGCCGGUGGACGCGGCGGUCUUUCCUCUACCUCCGAUCUCGUCCAAAGACACAGCAGCGGAGGGAAUCAUCUUGAUGGGAUACAAUUGUUUGGACCAAGAAGUGAGGUUUCUGGCUCAAUAAUGAGCAAUCGAUUUUCAGGAAACAAGAGAAGUAACUCGGAUUCACACUUCUCGACUCAAGAGACCCCAGAGAAUCUGCAUUGGUCCAAGUUGCUUAGAAACGGACCUGGAAGCUUCUCCAUGAAUGUGAAUCCUUUGGCAAACCAGCCUCCACGCGGAGGAGGACAGAUCAGUCAUUUGCUUCAUCAGCUGUCUACAAGCAGGUUCAAAGAUGAAAACGUAGGCCCUUCAGUUAUUGUUCAGACAGCUGCUGAUGAAGGUUCACGAACAGGGAUGAAAGGUCCCAGUCUCUUGAGUCCUUUUACAAUGCCAAACCGGAGCAAGCUCGAAAGUUUUGCCCCUUCAAGUACCGAAAGUCGGAAAGACGUGACAUCAAGUACUAAGCAAAUGACCAUCUUCUAUGGCGGUCAAGCUCAUGUCUUUGAUGAUGUUCAACCAAACAAAGCGGAUGUGAUAAUGGCCUUGGCAGGAUCAAGCGGGGGCUCAUGGUCUACAGGUUUGUCUCAUAAAGCAAAGUCGAAGAACAACACAAGUGACGGUCCAUACAAUCUAGGCCAAAUGUACGAAGGAGGUAGCUCUAGAGAAACACCGCUCUUGGCCCCGGAGUUUCGUGCAAGGCCAAGUCAUCAAGCUACAUCCAGUGCCUGUCAGCGGAUCUUUACACAACAAGGUAGAGAACAUCAAGGAAACAUCAUCUCAAGGGGGCGAGAUACCAGAGAUCCGGUUCACAUAUCAGAUCCUGAAAAAGAAGCCACAUGAUUAAGUCUAUAUAUGAGAGACGAUGAGUGCGGCUUUUCCUUAGUUGUUUUCUGUUUUUUUGUUAUUUUUUUUCAACUUCUUCCAAGUUGCUAUAUGUUCGACUUAAUAGCUUUGUACAAUGCUCUGUACCUUUCUAGGUUUAUAUUCGGACUUAUUACCCUCAAUGAUUUAGAGUAUAAUAUAUAAACAAUUGGUCAACCAAAUCUGCUCUUUCUAAGCCAAUAGAUUUUCAUAUA